GGCGGUAACUUUCAUAUGUCUCAAGUGAACAUCUGGAAGAGGUUACUCGCGCUGCUGUUUACUCGGAGUAUCUCAGAGUACGACUGCAACUUCAACAUGUCUUUCGUAAAAGUGGAGGAGAAAAGUGACUUUUCUUAUCACAACUUGCCUUACGGAGUUUUCUCCACGCCGGAUAAUCCCAGGCACAGAAUUGGCGUUGCCAUUGGAGACCAGAUUUUGGACCUCAGUGUUAUCAAGCAUCUUUUCAAUGGACCGGCUCUUGUGCAUCAUCAGGAUGUUUUUGAACAGUCCACACUCAAUGCUUUUUUGGCUCUGGGUUAUGAUGCUUGGAGGGAAGCGAGAAAGUGCCUCCAGAUGCUUCUGGCUGCAGAGGAGUCCAUGCUGCGUGAUGAUGUCAGUUUAAGAAGCCGGGCAUUUGUUCAGCAGAGUUCUGCAAUGAUGCAUCUCCCAGCUGAGAUCGGCGACUACACAGACUUUUACUCAUCGAGAGAUCAUGCCACCAACGUUGGAAUAAUGUUCCGUGGAAAAGAAAAUGCCUUGAUGCCCAACUGGCUGCGACUGCCGGUGGGGUAUCAUGGGAGAGCUUCAUCUGUGGUCGUCUCUGGAACACCAAUCAGAAGACCUCGAGGACAGAUGAGACCAGACGCAGCUCAACCGUCCAUCUUUGGACCUAGCAAGCAGCUGGAUAUAGAGUUAGAGAUGGCGUUCUUCGUGGGAAAAGGGAACAAACUUGGAGAGCCCAUCCCAGUGGAGAAGGCUCACGAGCACAUCUUUGGCAUGGUGCUUAUGAACGACUGGAGUGCUCGGGAUAUCCAGGCUUGGGAGUAUGUUCCAUUAGGUCCAUUCCUGGGCAAGAAUUUUGGGACCACUAUCUCGCCCUGGGUCGUUCCAAUGGAAGCACUGAUGCCCUUUGUUGAGCCCAACCCGCUCCAGGAUCCUGUGCCUCUUCCAUACUUACGUCACGAUGAGCCCUACACGUUCAACAUCAACCUGUUUGUCGCUGUGAAAGGUGAGGGGAUGCGAGAGGCCGCCACCAUUUGCAAGUCCAAUUUUAAGUACAUGUACUGGUCCAUGAAACAGCAGCUGGCACACCACACAGUCAACGGCUGCAACGUCAGACCGGCAGACCUGCUGGCAUCAGGCACCAUCAGCGGACCGGAUCCUGAGAGUUUCGGCUCUAUGCUGGAGCUCUCAUGGAGGGGAUCCAAGAAUAUUGACCUCGGCGAUGGAGAGACAAGGACCUUCCUGAAGGACGGGGACGAGGUCACGCUCUCAGGUUAUUGUGAGGGCAGGGGCUAUAGAGUGGGGUUCGGUCUGUGUGAGGGGAAGAUCCUUCCUGCCCUGCAACAGUGACACACAUCUCUGUCUGUCUCUCCUUCCCUCCUGUAAGCCAGACACAACAGCCAUGAACAAAUACAGUAUUAUUCAUGUUCUAAUAUUCACAGCCUGUUUAAACCUGUUUAGAGGUCUUUUUAAAAUAACUUGAAACACUUUUUACGUUCAUAAUCUGGCGCAUUUCUGGAUAUUCAAUAAGAAAUAAUGUGGGGUGGAACCUGAUUUUAUCCAUCUGGAUUGAUCGGAUUGUCAUUAAAAUAUCAUUAAAUAUGAAGGAAAAUGUAAAAGAACGUGUUUCUUUAGAUAACCUUUGUGAUCUUAAGAAAAUAUGUAGGUAAAAUAGUAAUGCAUCAUUAUGGGCCUCCAUAUGCUUAAAAACGGUCAUUAAUUUCUGCAAUUGAACUAGUUUUUGCAGAAAUUACACACUUGAAUUGCUUUGUCAUUCUGUGUUACUGAAAAAUAAUUC